AUGGCAGUUCCAGCCCCAAUGGUGGCCGAAAGGAUGAACAAUCCUAAAAAUCCUGUGGUAUUCUUUGAUAUAUCUAUUGGGGGACAAGAUAUAGGUCGAAUUCAAUUGGAGCUUUUUGCAGAUGUCACUCCAAAAACUGCAGAGAAUUUCAGGCAACUGUGUACAGGCGAAUACCGGAAGGAUGGUGUACCAACAGGUUAUAAAGGCUGCACUUUCCACAGGAUAAUAAAAGACUUCAUGGUUCAGGGAGGGGAUUUUGUUAAUGGUGAUGGUACUGGUUCCUGCAGUAUCUAUGGUGGGGCAAAAUUCGCAGAUGAAAAUUUCCUCAAAAAACACUCAUCUCCUGGUAUGCUCUCAAUGGCAAACAGUGGAAAGGAUACCAACGGCUGUCAGUUCUUUAUAACCUGUGCUCCUUGCGACUUUCUGGAUGAUAAACAUGUUGUAUUUGGACAAGUAGUCGAUGGUAUGUUGGUGUUAAAGAAGAUUGAAAAUGUUCCCACAGGUCCUCAUAAUCGUCCUAAAGUUCCUGUUGUUAUUACCCAGUGUGGGGAAAUUGUAAUGAAUACUGCGAAAUCUAUUGGGCCUUUUCAACCAUCUAAUCCAGUUUUGAGUAGUACUCAACUGGGAGAUUCUUCAACAGUUAGUUCACAAAGGCGGAGAAGACUCAAACGAAUUGAUUCAGAUGAUGAAGGAGAAGGCAAUUUUGCGGAUAUCAGCGAGAUUCGAGCUGCUCCAUUUCCUGGGUUGACUUUCGCCCAGAGUUCACCGAUCGCCCGUCGUUAUGACGAAAGCGAGGACGAGGAAGAUAUGCGGAGAUAUUCAAAUAGUGACGUAGAAAUGGCUUCUGUACAUUCUGCUGAGAGGAGUCGGGAUGAUGGUGAAGAGGACGAAAAUGGUGGUGGCGUAGAUAUGGACGUCAAGACGCUGAAACAACUCAAAGGGAUUUCCGAGGGAGCUAGGAAGAAAACUGUUCGACGACCAAUGCCCAAACUAGAUCCCCUUACUUUACUUGGAGAACGCGGUCUCCCUGCUCUCCUCAAAGAAGUCGAGAAGACCAAAUUCAGUGGUCGUGGUCAUGAAUUCGACGAUCUCCAAAAACUCAUGUUCAUCUAUGAAUCUUGGGCAAAUCGAAUGCUACCUAAGUUUCCUUUCACGGAAAUAAUGGAACGCCUGGAAGUAGUGGGGACCAAACGUGAAGUUCACAAUGCUCUUCAAGGAAUGAGAGCUGGAACUUGGCCUCCUACAGUAUCUGCAGAAUUCGUUCGUGAUGACAGUGAUGAUAGUGAUUCUGAGAAUGAGAGACCGAAAGAGAAGAGUACGUUAGAUGGUCCAUUGAAUGAUGAUGAGAUCGAAGAAUUGCUGCGAAUGCAAGAUGUUGCUCAAGGAUCUGGAACUCAGAAACAACCGUCUCCACAACCGAUUGCCUCAACUUCAACAGCUAAUAUAGAUGAUGCAUGGAAGGAGGAGAGUGCAAUUGAAAGGGCCGAGAGAAAUCGUAUGGCUGCUUUGGCACGCCUGGAAGCCAAACGACAGUCUCAAAGUACUACACCAGUUAGAAGGGCUCCUACUUCCUUGCGAAAUGCUCUUAAAUCUCUGAUCUCAUCCAAAACCAGUACCCAAUGA